AUGGCCCUCCAGGCCCGCGGGCCUUCAGGAGGCAGGGGUGUUCACCCGGCACCCCUGCCCUCUGGAGGCGGCAGCUUAAGGAAAUCGACAGAGGGGAGCGUCUGGCCUGUUAACCGGCCAACGGGUGGGAGGGCCGUGUCCCCUGAGCGCUCUCAAUCGGAAGUAUGGAGAGACGGGUGCCAGUCGGGCGCAGGCCCUGCUUCUGACAUUGUGCUUCCAACCGGGAGGUCAGGCUGGGCUGCGGGAGGCCAGCAGGACGCUUGGCAACAGCUGCAGAGCAAGAAUUGGCCCCAGUUGGAAACAGCCCCAACCCCAGCCACACAGUGUCGUCAAGAGGAGCUCCUGGCCGAAGCGGAGAGGCUGAACCGGGCACGAGGGGGUUGGCCUGCGGGGCGGGGCCUGGCGCCCUGUGUGCCCCGCUCUCCGCCCGUGUCCGCUUCUUUACGAAAGUACCCAGGACGUCCUGCCUCCCACUCUGUGGAGGCUACUUCUCAGAGUAAGGAAGGGAAACCAGGCAGGGCGGUGGUCCUGGCCUUUCUGGAAGUUUCUCUGGCUGCAGGUUCUCUUCCCUCCAUCACCUUGAGGAUCUAUAAAGGCCACUGCUUCCGGAUCAAUCACUUCCCAGAGGACAAUGAUUACGACCACGACAGCUCGGAGUAUCUCCUCCGUAAGUGCCAAGCAUCUUUCGCUUUCCUUGUAUUGAGCACCAUCCUGUUGCUGCUUCAUGUCUGCAUCGGGUGCCGAGAAUUUACAGUCAUGAAGAACAACAUCGUCUCAGCGGGUAUCCUUCGCGGCCUCAGUAACAUCAUAGGCAUCAUCGUCUACAUCUCCAGCAACACAGGUGACCCAAGCGACAAACGUGAUGAAGACAAAAAAAACCAUUACAACUACGGUUGGUCUUUUUACUUUGGAGCCCUGUCCUUCAUCGUGGCCGAGACCGUGGGUGUCCUGGCCGUAAACAUUUACAUUGAGAAAAAUAAAGAGUUGAGAUUUAAGACCAAACGGGAGUUCCUCAAGGCCCCCUCCUCGUCUCCCUACGCCAGGAUGCCGAGCUAUCGGUACCGGCGACGACGCUCACGGUCCAGCUCGAGGUCCACCGAGGCCUCUCCGUCCAGGGCGGCGUCUCCGGUGGGCCUGAAGAUCACUGGGGCCAUCCCCAUGGGCGAGCUGUCCAUGUACACGCUGUCCAGGGAGCCCCUCAAGGUGACCACCGCCGCCAGCUACGGCCCCGACCAGGAGCCCGGCUUCCUGCAGCUGCACGACCUGUUCCAGCAGGACCUACAGGAAGGCUUGCGCGUCAGCGUGCUGAACCGGCGGACGACCCCCGUGUGA